CAUUAAUCAAAUUUUAAAAUUGACAGUUAACGGCUAUCCUAUAUAAAUAAACUAUGGAGGGUACCCUCCAUAAAAUAAACAAAAACAUUUGUUAAACUGGGAGCACCCCAUUCAGUUUCAGUAUAUAGUUUAUUAUUAUUUGUUAUAUGUGCAGUAUACUUGUGUAUGCAUAUACCUGGUAGUUGGUUUUGCACUUCUCAAGCUUUUCAAGAUGAAUCCAGCUGGAGAUUUUGAAAUUAUAAAUGUUUUGAAUCCAAAAUCAAAGUCGGACUUAUUUUUAGUUAAAAGACUUGAUACUGAAGAUUUUUUUGUAUGGAGAACUGUUAGUUUCAAAUCUAUAUCUAAAGACAGAAAAGAACUCUUAUGCAAAAAAAUUCGAAAGAGAAUACAGCAAAAUCAUGUCCUAUUGGUCAAAUUUUAUCCAGCUAUUGAAGAGGACAAGUUAAAACUAGUUUAUGUGCCAAUGGAAUAUUUUCCUCAUGGUAGUCUGUCGGAUUUUUUAAAAGUAUUAGCAAAAUCAGAAACUUCUCACAUACCUGAAGAGAUGAUUGUAAAAAUUUUAUUUCAGUUAUUAAUUUUAGUGAAAUCUAUUGAGCUCAAUGAUUAUAUAAGGUUGAAAAAUAUAUAUUUCGAUGAAGACUUCAAUCUCAAAUAUUUGAACUUCUCUCAAUAUACUACACAAAGUAAAUUUGAUGUAAAAAUGUGUGAUAUUGGCAUUAUUAUUAUGCAACUAUGUACUUUAACUGAAGAUAAAUUGUGCAAUAAGUUCAUUGUGAACAAAGAAUAUUAUAGUGAGGAGUUUAUCGACUUGAUAGAAAUAAUGCUGAAAGAUAAUAAACCUGCAGCUUCUAACAUUGAUAAAAUCAUUGCACAUCCUGUCAUUCUUUUAAAUACUUUCAAGAUGGCUUGUGGAGUUAAACUUAAUGAUUGCUUUGCUUUAUUAGAUUAUAGACUGAAGUUAGAGCAAUUACGUAAAAAAGAAAUUGCAUUAAAGUUGAGAGAAAAUGAAAUUGAUAGGAAAGAGUAUAGUUUGAGUAGAAAAGAGAAAAAAUUAACUAUGUAUGAAAAAGCUUUGAAAGAAAAAUCCACUCAAUCUCAGCUUUACUUAAAACGAUGCAAAGAAAAUAAGAGUACUCAUCUCAAUAAAUAUGAGAAUCUUGAUACCUCACUUACUGUUGAAUAUGAUGAGAUAGAAGAUACAGAUAUUAUUCAGACAAGUGAAAAAUUAGAUGUUGCUAAACUCAAACAUCAACCUAUUGCAAAAACAUUAUCUGAACGUAAAAUUAAAUUCAAGGGGCAUAGUCCUUUGAAAAAAAUUAGUUAUAAUAAAACUAAAUUACAUAAAAAACCAAAAGAUAAGGAAAAACCAUCUAUGUUUUCAACUGAUAAGACCCAUACCUUAAAUACUGAAAUAAAUUUAUUUAAAGAUAUCUAUAACACAGACAAAAUAAAAAAUGAGAAUUGUGAGGAUAAUAGGAAAUCUGCAGUAUAUGUAGCUGAUCUUGCUACAGUGCAAAAUGAACGGAUACUAGAUAUGGAAUGCAGACCAAUUGCUUGGACAGAACAAAAUAAAAAGCAAGCAUUUGAAUUGCUCCGGAUUAUGAAUUCAACUUCAGAUAAGCAGUUCUGGAGCGGUGAAGUUCGGCAUACAUUUUUAUGAUGAUUAAUAUUGAUAUUGAAGCAGAUCGUAGCUGAAUUUAUUUAGAUAUUAUUUGAGCAAGAGAAAAUAUUUAAGGUUGUUUACAUUAUGAAUGUCAAAUAUUAGAAAUCUACCCUACUUAAUAUUUAUUGAAGAUAGUUUGAUGUCUAAAAAUUUUAAUAUAAUGAAAAAUUAUCGGUAUAGAGACGAGAAUUGAAUUCAGAAAAAGUACCUUCCAGAGCAGAA